AUGGCUGACCCGGCGAGCAUUUCUGCGCACGUUCGCGCCCUCGCAAGACCGCAGACGGCGCAGCGGGCCGCGGGAGCGCUUGUCGACCUUUCGGCGGAGGUGGCCAACCGCGACGCCCUCGCCAAGGCCGGCGCCAUCCCGCCGCUGAUCAGCCUGCUGCGCGAUGGUAGUGAUGGCGCCAAGUCGUAUGCCGCCGCAGCGCUCGGUAACAUCGCUUUGACCGACGGCUACAAAGUCGUGAUCGCCGAGGCCGGGGCGAUCCCGCCGCUGAUUUCUCUCGUGCGCGCGGGGAGCGCCAGCGCGCAGGCGCAAGCCGCGGGAGCGCUGCGCACCCUCAGUCUUAACGAGGACAACAAGCUGGCUAUGGAAUCGGCCGGCGCGAUUCCGCCGCUCGUUGCGCUCGUCAAGAACGGCAACGAUGCCGGCAAGCGCCUCGGCGCUUCGGCAUUAUGGAGCCUCUCACUGUUGAAUACUCUCAGAGUGGCCAUUCACGAGGAAGGCGGACUCGCGGUGCUCCUGGCCGUUUUGCGCGACGGGAGCAAAAACGCGAAGCACGAGGCGCUCGGGGCCCUGUGUAAUCUCUCCAGGAACGAGGAAUGCAAGGUCACCCUCGCGACGACCGGCGCGAUCUUGGCGCUCAUCACUGUCUUACGCGACGGUACCAACAAUGAGAGUGCCGCCGGGACACUCUGGCACCUCGCGGCGAAGGACGACUAUAAGGCCGACAUUGCGGCGGCCGGCGGCAUUCCGCUCCUUUGCGAUCUCUUGAGCGACGAGCACGAUAUGACGAAGAUGAACGCCGCGGGAGCUUUAUGGGAGUUAUCAGGAAACGACGAGAACAAAAUUGCCAUAAACCGGGCGGGCGGAAUCCCUCCACUUGUCGCCCUCCUGGGCAACGGACGCGACAUCGCCAGGAUUCGCGCCGCGGGAGCGCUCUGGAAUCUAGCCGUGAAUGACGAGAACAAGGUUGUGAUCCACCAGGCCGGUGGCAUCCCUCCACUCGUUACUCUGCUGAGCGUCAGCGGUUCCGGCAGCGAGAAGGCGGCCGGGGCGCUGGCGAACCUCGCGCGGAACUCCACGGCCGCGGUCGCUAUCGUCGAGGCCGGCGGCAUUUCUGCUCUGGUUGCUGUCAUGAGCCCGGACAACAGCCGCGUAACCAGG